CCGCCCCCCGCCCGCCUGCUGCUUCCCACCACCCACCAACUACUCGCCCCGCCCGCCUCCGCCGCCUCGCUCCAUCACGCCAUCGCCUUCCCCUCCUCCUCUCCACCGCUCGCUUUCUCCAACCGGUUGCAGCAAAUCUUUUUCCGCGGAGGCCGUCGCCUCGCCGCUUCCCGUCUCGUUCCGGCUCGGAGAUGGGGCAGCCAAUACCUUCACUCUGAUUUUUCUAUUUUUUAAAAAGUUGUGUGUGACUCCACUGAACUGCCAAAUGUUCAUAAAGGAGGAGGUCGAGAAGCCAAUAGGAAGCUUGAUCAAGAACCACCCCACUUAAGAUGACGGUGAUGAGUGGAGGGUCAUAGAAGGCUGCUAACUGGAAAAGCUUGUCUUUUGUACUCAUGGAAGCUUGUGUCUAUCGUCACGGCCAUUCAAAAUGCAUCAUUAUGCUGCUGAUACUUGUGAUAGCCAACCUCUGGAUUAUGUGCAGCAGCAGUACCCAAAAGCAAGUUCUCCCUCCUUUCAGUGGCUCGGAAAUGGACUACAUUGAUAACAAUGGAAUUUUUCUUCUCUCCAAUGGUUCUGUGUUUGGCUUUGGCUUUGUCACCAACAGCGUGUCAGACACCAUGUCCUACCUCCUUGCAGUGGUCCACUUGGCCACCACUUCUAUUGUCUGGUCUGCUAAUGCUAACUCUCCAGUUUCCCAUUCAGACAACUUUGUGUUUGACAAGGAUGGCAAUGCCUACCUGCAGUCUGGAGGCUCCACAAUCUGGACCGCGAAUAUCUCCGGCAAGGGGGCCACCUCUAUGCAGCUGCUGGACUCAGGCAAUCUUAUAGUGUUUGGCAAGGACAGCUCUUCUCCUCUCUGGCAGAGUUUCAGCCAUCCAACGGACACACUUCUGUCUGGCCAGAGCUUCAUUGAGGGGAUGACUCUGGUGAGCCAUUCCAAUACACAGAACAUGACCUAUACGCUUCAGAUCAAAUCUGGGGACAUGAUGUUGUAUGCGGGCUUACAGAUGCCCCAACCAUACUGGUCCGCUCUGAAGGAUAACAGGAUGAUCGUCGACAAGAAUGACAACAACAUAUACUCUGCAAACCUUAGUUCAAGUUCCUGGUCGUUUUAUGAUCAAUCGGGGCUUCUUCAAUCACAGCUUGUCAUUGUGCAGCAAGGCGCUGCUAACACCACACUGGCUGCUGUCCUAGGUAAUGAUGGUCUGAUUACCUUCUAUAUGCUCCAGAGUGUUAGUAGCAGGAGUACUCUCCCUACCACAGUUCCGCAGGACUCAUGUGACAUGCCUGCCCACUGCAAGCCGUAUACCAUUUGCAACAGUGGUACAGGGUGUCAGUGCCCUUCAGCACUCAGCUCAUAUGCAAACUGCAACCCUGGCAUCAAAUCACCGUGCAACUCAAAGGACAAGUUUCAGUUGGCUCAACUAGACAGUGGUGUUGGGUAUGUCGGCACUAGCUUCACGUCGCCUGUACCUAAGACAAACCUCACAGGAUGCAAGAAUGCUUGCAUGGGUAACUGCUCAUGCAUUGCUAUAUUCUUUGACCAAAUGUCAGGCAAUUGCUUCCAUUUCGACCAGAUAGGUAGCUUGCAACAGAAAGAUGGAGGUAAGAGUAGUUUUGCUUCUUUCAUCAAGGUAUCAAGCAGUGAUCGUGGCUCGGAGCAAGGUGGAACUGACAGUAGGCUAACCAUCAUUAUUGUCGUCAUUAUAGUUGGAACUUUGGUUGUCAUAGGGGUCCUUGUGUAUGUUGGUUUCCACAUUUAUCGAAGGAGACGUCAUCCACCCUCGCAAGAUGAUGCUGGUUCGUCAGAAGACGAUGGUUUCCUGCAAACCAUAUCAGGAGCACCAACACGCUAUACUUACAAGGAGCUCCAGGAUGCAACAAACAACUUCUCAAACAAGCUAGGUCAGGGAGGGUUUGGAUCUGUGUAUCUUGGUACGCUGCCUGAUGGCAGUCGCAUCGCUGUAAAGAAGCUAGAGAGCAUAGGCCAAGGGAAGAAAGAAUUCCGCUCUGAGGUGACCAUCAUUGGCAGCAUCCACCACAUCCAUCUUGUCAAACUUCGAGGCUUCUGUGUAGAGGGUGCACAUAAGCUUCUUGCAUACGAGUACAUGUCAAAAGGGUCACUGGAUAGAUGGAUUUUCCAUAGUGAUGAGGAUUCCUCCCUGCUAGACUGGGACACAAGGUUUAACAUUGCACUUGGAACAGCAAAGGGAUUGGCAUAUCUCCAUCAGGACUGUGAGUCGAAGAUCAUUCACUGUGACAUCAAGCCGGAGAAUGUUCUACUUGAUGAUAACUUCCUUGCGAAGGUGUCUGACUUUGGCCUUGCCAAGUUGAUGACCAGGGAGCAGAGCCAUGUUUUCACGACGCUCAGAGGCACGCGGGGCUACCUUGCACCUGAAUGGAUCACCAACUAUGCCAUCUCGGAGAAGAGUGAUGUGUACAGCUACGGGAUGGUCCUGCUUGAGAUAAUCAGUGGGAGGAAGAGCUAUGAUCCCGUGGAAAGCUCAGAGAAAGCUCACUUUCCCUCCUAUGCCUACAAGAAGCUGGAAGAAGGCGAUCUCCGUGAUAUCUUUGACGCCAAGCUAAAAUACAAUGACAAGGAUGAGCGAGUUGAGGUGGCAAUCAAGGUUGCCCUGUGGUGCGUUCAAGAGGACUUCUAUCAGAGGCCAUCCAUGUCAAAGGUCGUACAAAUGCUGGAAGGCGUCUGCGACGUGCCCCAGCCACCAAUAUCUUCGCAGAUUGGAUAUCGGCUCUAUGCAAACGCCUUCAAAUCGAGCAGCGAAGAGGGAACGUCAUCUGGGAUGUCGGACAACAACAGUGAUGCUCUGCUUUCUGCUGUGCGGCUCUCUGGGCCCAGAUGAUAUGAAUCAUAUGUACAUUGCGUUCAAUUUUUGGGGAAAUGUCCAAGGUUAGGUGUUCAUUUGUUCAUAGUCAUGUACAUAUAUGUUGUAGAUAGAACUCAAUCGCAAUUUUGCAUCUAUAUACGAAAAGAUUUCUCAGAUUCCGUA